CACAAAUCGCCAUGUCCGCUCUGUUACUGCGCCUCCAUUCACGACUGCGUUGCCACUCACAACGCGCGCGCGGCGACUGUACGGAAUACCCUUUCUCUUCCUCCUCGACCUUGCGUGAACGUCGCCCAGAAUGCGGACUAGAUCCCCCUCCACCGAAAGUGUGCCACUGGAAAGCGCACUUGAAGUCACGCAACGGAGUGCCAAUGGGCAUCUUUGCAGUGGUCAGAACAGUACCGAUGAUGACACAGACAGUGAAGAGGAAUCGAGUGCCGAUGAUAGGUACUGGCCAUGGAGCCCCUGGGACGACGCCCGCUUUCAAGGCACUCUGCCACUCAUCCUCUCCGCUCGCAUCCCGCUCGAGGUUUUUGGACUCAUCAUCAAUGAGACGGACCAACCCACUUCGGCAGCCGCGGCGUUGGUCUGCACGGCUUGGUACUCUCGAGCGAUGCGCGUCCUCUACCAUGAAAUCCAGAUCAACGACCGUACGAGCUUUGACAUGCUGUCCAAGCAGUGUCGCGCGUCUCCGCGCGUGAAGAGGUGGCUCGCUACCACGCACGAGCUAGUGGCCAAAGACAAUGAAUGCGUGUUCAGAACAAUUGCGAGAGGCCCUCCAUUCCUUCAGGUGCUACCCAUUGCACUCGUUCAUGCAAUGCCUGGCGUACGCACCCUUGACAUCGCAGGAGGAGAUCUUCGUUUCGUCCGACCGGCUUUCUUGGUUGGCCUGUCGCACUUCAAGGCUGUCACGUCGUUGUUCCUGCGCGAGUGCAAUUUGAACAACAUUGAACAGCUGCGGCGCAUCGUCUUUGCCUUCCCUAAGCUGACGGACCUCAGUAUAACCCAUAUCAGUCUCACUCAACAACUCAGAGGUCCUGCCUGCAACAUGGGAGCCACACUGGUUCAGUCCCCACGUCUUCGACGCCUUCGAAUCGAUCUCACCACCGAAUCAAUGGCAACGUUCGUUGACUGCAUGACACGCUCAGGCUGUUUGACCUCCCUCGAAGAGCUAACACCUUUGAUGGACAGUAGAUACGAAUACUUUGCACAUGCCAUGAGCAAAGCCCUCGAAGCCGCAGGGGCAUCCCUAACUCUGUAUCACGAACAGUGGGCAGGGAACGAAUGCGAAACUGACGGUAAGAGUACUUGUCAACUCCCACCAGACCUCGCCGCUGAUGCACAUGCACAACGUACUAUGUAUGUAGGUGAUGAUCACGGCAUUCUAUCGCAAAACACCGCCCUGCGAUCCUUAGAAUUCACGAUGAACGAUAUCAACCCAGACAUCGGAGAUCGGGCACUUCUCUGGUGGGUCAAUUGGGUGGACGAGUUAUACGGUGUCCUCUCCAACAUCCGGAGUCCUGAUCUCGAGCGCAUCAAAAUCCAAUCCAAUCUUGGUUACAACACAAGCGACCACGAUUACAAAGAACUGGACAUUGUCCUCAAGAAGGUCGAUUUCGUGGCCUUGCACGAGGUCAUGGGCCGGUCAUAUUUCGACGUUCUGGAGGAUGUUGAGGUAGAGAUGGGCCUAAUCGGAGUAAUGGAUGACAGCAUAGUUGACGACGUCGGUCGGAAACUCAGACGCGUGUACCGUGGUUUGCUGCGGCCAUGGUCUGACCGCGGUAUAGUCAGCGUCACCCGAUGGAUAUAACACUGAGAUUAGCUCUGCGCAUUGUAGACGCUGACUGCUCUACGGCAGGUCACCCGAUCGGCACAGCGGCAAUACAGAGACAUCGUCCCCAGCAGCAUCCUCGGCGCGCGGGUCGAUAGGAGCGACUGGCUCGCUCACAAGAGACUG